UCAUCUCAGGAGAUUAUUCGAGCUGCGACUCCCCGCAGAGGCACUUAAGAUCACAAUCUCUCGCGGUUUCUUGUGAUUACCUCACGAGACCUGCGCGUUUGUUGUUGAUCUCCAGGAAACGCAAAAGCUCGGAUUGCACCUCUUCCGUUUUUGCAAGGACGACGAAUAAACUGUAUUUAGCGCUCUUAUUUGAUUGUUUACUGUACCGCUAACUCUAUUUCUCGCUCUCACUAUUUCCACUUCCCGGAAAUAUCCACUUGUAGAGUCUCUAAUCCACUUGUGGAGCCGCGCCGAGGCCUGUACGUGGCGCAUCAUGUCCGCGUGCAUGUGAAAAAGUAUCGCAUUUGUUUACAUUUUAACUUGAUUUGAUUUUGGAGGCUUUUUAUUCAGCGUAAACAUGCCAGGUGCGCGCGAGAUCGGGAUGGUGGGCGCCGCGCUCGCGCUGACGGGAGGAGUCGCGUGCGCUGUCUGCUAUCUGAUGCAUAAAACACAAGAACCCAAGAAAAAAGUGAAGGACGAACUGAAUGAGGGCAAAAAUGAACACUUGCAUAAAGCGACCAAGACCGAAACUGCACUAAAAACGCACAUAAUAUCAGAGCCCAGGACGGCAGGUACUCAGGUGCUGGUUUUGGGUCUGGACGGGGCAGGAAAGACGAGUUUACUGCACUGUUUCGCCACAGGCAGCCUGGAACAAGAUGUGUGUCCCACUCAGGGCUUCAAUGCCGUCUCCAUCAACAGGGAAGAGCUUCAGAUUGAGUUCUUAGAGAUUGGAGGCACAGAGAAGCUGCGUGAUUACUGGCGGAUGUAUCUGGGUAAAGCGCGUGUGAUGGUGUUCGUGGUGGACUCGUCUGACCCCGAGCGAUUCCCUCUGGCUAAACGUCUCCUGCACCAGCUCCUGUCGGCUGACCCCUGCUUGCCUCUGGUGCUGCUCGCCAACAAACAGGACGUUCCCGGAGCUCGUGGGAUCACUGAUCUUUACGAGGCGCUGGAUUUGGGGAACUUGGGCGACGGCCACCGGCUCAGUGUGAUUGGUACUCAGGUGCAGAAGGGAAAGUCUGUGACCAACGCCGGUGUGCAGGACGCCCGUGACCUCAUCAUAGAGAUGAUGUCAGACAAUUGACCACCGACUGUUCGUCUUAAAAUAGUUACUUUGUCACAAUUAUUCAGGGCUUUACAUUCACCAAAUGACUGUUUUUUUGUAGUAGAAGAGAGACUAGUUGAAAUAAUUAUGUUUUAAUGACACUAAAACAUCACGAUUGCUUAAAAUGAGAGCGAAAAUGGAGCAUUUUGAAAAAGAUGCCAAAGAUAAUAAUGUUUUUCAGUGCAUUGCUGCUGCUGUUGUGUUUGUGUAUUAUUAUGGGAUGUUUGAGUAUGUUAUGAACCUUCUAAAGCUCUUGAGUAAACUGAUCCGGACACUUGUAUGUGUGUGUUGUAUUUGCUAGAUGAUCAGAUGCUUUAAUUGGUUUAUAAUGUAAUUUACUGACUUGUCAGUAAGCUGCAAAUGUCUGUAUAUUAAUUUUGUAACUUGACCUUUCUGUCUUUAAUUGGAUUUUUAAUGCCAGAAAUCAAGUGAAGAUUUGAUAUAUUUUGUGAUGGUCUUUUGAUAACCAUUAAAUAUUGAUUGAAA